AUGCAAGAGUAUUUGGGCCUCCGAGGCCCGGCAUUAUCUCGUGCCAUCGGAGUCGUCUCGGGACUCUGCUUCCUUCUUUACGGCUUCGAUCAGGGAUUGCUUGGUGGCUUUAUGACCCUUGCCUCGUUCUUGAAACAAUUCCCGGAGAGUGCUGUUCCUACCUACCCCGGAAACCUUCAAGUCGCCAACAACCUCGGACUUACCGUAGGCAUUUGGAACUUGGGAUGCUUGGUGUCGGCGGUCGUUGCAAUCUUCAUUGGCGAUCGCCUGGGCAGAAAGAAGAUCGUCUUCACUGGUCUCCUCCUAUUGCUCGUGGGAGAGAUCAUCCAAUGUACUGCAUUCCAUUGGGGCCAGUUCGUGGCUGGCCGAUUCAUUGCCGGCCUCGGAAACGGAUUGAAUUGCGCCACAGUCCCGGCAUGGCAGGCAGAAUGUACGAAAGCGCACCGUCGCGGUACAGUGCUCAUGAUGUCAGCCGGAGUGUGCAUCGCCGCGGGCUUGACACUGAGCUACUGGGCAGAUUUCGCCUUUGCAUGGCUGGACCCAGGUUCUGAAUCAUGGCGAGUGCCGAUUGCACUUCAACUGGUCCUUAUAGUCAUCGCUGCCUGGCUGGUGCUUUACAUGCCCGAGUCUCCGCGAUGGCUGAUUUUGGCAGGCCGCGAGGCCGAAGCACUGCAUGUGCUCUCGGCGCUGAACGACAAAAAGGAGAGUGAUCGUGUCAUUCAUCAAGAGUUCCUGCAGAUCAAGGAUGCGGUCAUCGAGAUGGCUCAAGCGAGCUUCGUAAACGUCUUCAAGAUGGGCGACUAUCGCGAUGGUCACCGCGUCAUCUUGGCAGUCGCCUUGCAGUUCUUCCAGCAGAUCGGAGGAAUCAACUUCUGCACUAUGUAUUUUGCCGCCAUGUUCAACCAACAAUAUCAAUGGGAUGCAUGGAUCGCUCGUCUCCUUGCAGCUUGCGCCGGUACGACAUUUUUGCUGGCCUCCUUUGUGUCGGUGUACGGCAUCGACCGCUACUGGGGCAGAAGGCAAUUGAUGCUCUUCGGCACUUCAGGCAUGCUCAUUUGCAUGAUUGUCUUGUGUCUCAUGGUCUACAUCAACAACCGGACCGCUCUAGACGUGGGAACAGCCUUCGUCUUCAUUUACUGCAUUUUCUUCGCCAUCGGCUGGCAAGGCAUGAGUUGGCUAUACCAGGUUGAGAUCGUCCCGCUCCGGAUCAGAGGCCCUGGCAAUGCCAUCAGCACAGUCGCGAACUGGCUGGCGAAUUUUAUCGUCGUUUUUGCGACGCCUGCCGCAUUUACUAACACAACAUAUCGGACCUACAUCAUCUUCAUCGCAACUAACGCUGUGAUUCUCCCAACGAUAUAUUUCUUCUAUCCCGAGACCAGCCUGCGAUGUUUGGAAGAAAUGGAUGUCAUCUUCCACGCUGCAAAUUCGUCCAAACGCCCUUGGCUGGAUGUCGUCAAGAUCGCCGCCAACCAGCCUCUGUGGUACGCACGCGAAGAUGUCGAACAAACCUUCGACUACGAAGGCAGUGACUGGCACAAACGGCAUGUGCGCUUCAGCGAAGACGUCAAAGACAGUGACGGAGAUACCACGACCAUCAAUGUCUCUCCCGUCGACGACAACGAGAAAUACCAGAGCGAUAGCGGAGUCUCUACGAUCAGUCCGACAGUCAGUGGGAACCGCAGUCGGAGCGGAAGUGGUAACAGCGUGGACCCGGAUGAAUCUGUGAGGAACGGGGCUGAGGACUUCUUCGCAGGCCGAAUGCUAUGA